UUUAGGCCCCUACAACCCAGGAUUACCCAUAUAGAUCUCUAGACCUCUACAAUGAAUUGGAUAAAAAUAAAAUGUUUAAAUGAUGCUAAUUACUUUAAUUUAGACAAAUUAGAAUUCUAAAUCCUAAAUAUAAACUUCAUCUGCUGGCUGCUGCAUGCUUCUUUUUUCUAUCCAUGCAGAUGUGGUCAUGAUUCUUCUUUAACAUUACAAAUUAAACAAUAUACAUUCUUUUUGAGUGUGCAAUUACAAAACACCUUGCCUGAUCUUUCUUUCAAUUACAGCUGCUCGUCAUCAUAUAAGCCAGGAAAAGAUCAUCAGUGUUAUUUUUUUUGGAGACUCUAUCCUUCGUUUUUUGGAUACAAAUUUAUUGACAUUUGGGAAUGAAUAUCCAGCACAAGUUUUUUGUUUCCCUGGAACAACAAUUAAAAGUUUGAGACAGGAUAUCAGGAACAUAUAUGAAAAUACUUAUGAUCAUAAUAUAUCGCAUGUUUUUAUCCACGUAGGAACAAACAAUCUUAAAAGUCUUAUUUGGGAGAGAGAGAGAAAACAUUUGAUCUAUUUGUACAAUACUCUCAAGGAGGUAUUUCGCUCAUCAUCUAUAAUCUUUUCUACAAUUUUACCGCGUUUUGACUGUGAUGAUCUGUAUUAUACAUCUAUUUUUUUUAAUGCUGAACUUCUGAGAUUGUGUCAAACACUUCCAGACUGUACUUUGUUUGAUGCAAACAGUGACCUUUUAGAUAUUGGAUUAUUUAAUUCAGAUGGACUUCAUUUGAACAGUCCAGGCAAACUUAUUUUUGCUUCUUGUGUUCACUAUUUUUUAAUUGAGAAUUUUAAACGCCAGUCGGAAAAGAAAACAAGGAUCAGAAGUGUUUUGAUUCCAUGUGAACUAAAAGAAUUAUAUACACCGAGACCACAAAAAAAGAAUCAACAAAAUGACAGUAAACAACAGGAAAUAAGAAACCCCGGCGCUCAAAAAGGAAAGUUCCAAGGAAACGACUUAAACGAAAGUCAAAAUGCAAAGACAUUGAGGGGUUUCUAUACCCCAAAUAUCCUGCAAAGGAGCCUGUGCCACCCAUCUUGCCCCCAAACCAACAUCUCCCUGAAAAGCUGCCAACUUUCAUCCCCUACAAUACUGCUUUCCAUGUUCAUCGUCAUCUACCAUCAUCGUCGUCAUGUCAACUCCCCUCACCACCAACUCCUUACAUCGCAUCUAAAAAAAGAAGAAAGAGGGCACUGAAGAGGAUACAGAAAGAGACGAAGGAGAAAGGCACAAAGAUGUAUACAGAUCAUUCCGCCAACCAAUCACCUUCAAGUUGAAAUGGAAAUAGGAACCAAAGGACCAUCACCUCCACCAAAUGAUCAUCCACCUCCACCAACUGAUCAUCCACCUCCACCAACUGAUCAUCCACCUCCACCAACCGAUCAUCCACCUCCACCAACUGAUCAUCCACCUCCACCAACUGAUCAUCCACCUCCACCAACUGAUCAUCCACCUCCACCAACCGAUCAUCCACCUCCACCAACUGAUCAUCCACCUCUACCAACUGAUCAUCCAACUCCACCAACCGAUCUUCCACCUCCACCAACUGAUCAUCCACCUCUACCAACUGAUCAUCCAACUCCACCAACCGAUCUUCCACCUCCACCAACUGAUCAUCCACCUCCACCAACUGAUCAUCCACCUCCACCAACCGAUCAUCCUCCCAAUGAUUUGAAUAUAGUAAAUGAAGCACAAAGAUGUAUAUAGAUCACGCAUCCAACCAAUCACCUUCAAGUUGAAAUGGAAAUAGGAACCAAAGGACCAUCACCUCCACC